AUGACAUCAAGCCCCGUCUGCAUACAGCCUGGACAAGCCGCCGUUGUCGAUGAUAAGAUUACUCGUAAAGAGAACGCCAAUCUAAAGGGAUAUCAGGAAGCUAUUCGUGCCCAAAUAUCCGUGAAUGAUUCCGAUUUGCCUCUUCGACCAGGAUAUGGAGACAAAGGUGCCCCAGUUACAGUCCUAGCCAAUUAUCUCGUGGUGUCUGUGACCGAUGCCCAGCAGUUUUUCACAUAUGAGGCUGGUACUGAUGAACGCCUGCACAACAAACGUCAGCGCUAUCAAUUCAUGGCGACGGCUUUGAAGAAUGUCCCAGAGUUGAGUGAUCUAGGCCAAGGGAUUGCCACCGACUAUGCGUCACUUGUUGUUACAUCGGCGAAGCUUGCGCUAGGGUCUAGCGAGACCAAAACAUUCGCCAUAGAGUACUACGAUACAGAGUUCCCAAAGGGUCGCGUGUAUGCCAAGGACAGACCUUUCAAGCUCACAAUAUCGCUUGCCGGAAGUAUAUCCUCGGAUGAUUUAUCGCACUACAUGAUGUCCGGCCCUGCUGACUCUAUCGACUCCGCCGACCCAGGUCCAGUAGACAUGAAGCCUGUGCAAACGUUGAAUGUUAUCAUGGCAAGCCACCCGAACAAAGAUCCCGGCGUUAACCAGGGGGGCCAAAACAAGUUCUUUCGCUUUCCUACCGACCAAGAUACAGUCAACAACUACGACCUUCUGGGCGGCUUGAUCGCCGUCCGCGGGUAUUAUUCCAGUAUUCGGUUCUCUACUUCAAGAACUCUCCUCAAUCUCAAUGCUCAGUGCAGCCCCUUCUACAUAUCGAUCAACGUACGCGAGCUGAUUCAACUUUUUCAAAAGUUGAUUCCUGGUGAUUGGCGAGCUUUGGAACGUUUCCUAGGGAAAUUGCGGGUCGAAACGUCAUACAUGAAAGCGCCGGACGGGGCUCCGAGUUCGAAAGUGAGAACCAUUGUCGGUCUGUCGCACAAGACGGUACUUGAUGAUGGGAGCGAGAAGAUCAGCCUUGGAGAUUCGAACGAGAUCAAGUUCAAGCGCUUCGGACGCCCAGCAGAGAUAAAGUACGGCCUGACAUUAAGCCAUCCCACCGCUUAUGUCUUGAAUUGCGGAACGAGGGACCAUCCCGUGUGGAUACCUCCUGAGCUUUGCACAGUCAUGCCAGGGCAGCCGUACUGUGGGCAGUUGAACGAUGUUCAACUCGCCAGAAUGAUCACCAUUGCGGCGCGUCCGCCUGCUGAAAAUGCUUCACGUAUUAUGGCGGAAGACGGAGGCCUCGGUCUAUUGGGGGUGCUCCCAAGCACGUGUGAUAACUUGGCUGCUUUUGGGGUGACAGUCAACCCCAAGAUGAUUGCGGUGCCUGGACGAGUGCUCACAGCUCCGAGAGUCAUGUAUUCUGGGAACAGUACGGCUAGAAUUGCAUGUGGUUCCUGGAAUAUGAAGGACAAGACAGUAUGGAAACCUGCGACUCUUGCAGACUGGACAAUGCUCAGGAUCGGUGCCGCAGCCGACAUUGACCCGACGGUAUUCGAGCAACAAUGCAAAGCUUUGACAGCUGGUCUCAGGUCAUGUGGUAUGAAGGUCAAUGCACCACUGGUUUUUCCCGGACCAGCUGUUCCAGCAUUCAAUACGAUCUUGGACAAAGAUACCGUCGAUUUGAAGCUCCGGGAAACCUUUGAAAAGUGCAGAGCUAGAAAGAUCUCUGUGCUCCUAGUCGUUCUACCGUCGACUGCCCCUUGGGUUCGUGAAAGAGUGAAGUUCUGGGGCGAUAAAGUAUAUGGCAUUCACAGUAGCUGUGUUCAAAUGGACAAACUCCGGAAACAAGAUCCGAGCUACUUUGCCAAUGUCGCACUGAAGGUCAAUCUUAAGCUUGGGGGUACAAAUCAGUGCAUCUCUCCUGGCGACCUUGGCUUUUUGAGGCAUGGGAAAACAAUGCUUGUGGGUAUCGACGUAACACAUCCAGCGCCUGGCUCCAUGAAAGGCACUCCAAGUAUCGCCGGAGUGGUCGCCAGCAUCGACGCAACUUUCGGCCAAUGGCCGGGAAACAUAUGCUGUCAGGAAAGCAAGAAAGAGAUGGUCUCGAGCCUCGACGUCAUGAUGGAGGAGCGGUUGGAAUACUGGGUCUCGAAGAACCCAGGGCAACUGCUGGAAAAUAUCGUCGUUUACCGUGAUGGAGUAUCAGAGGGUCAGUAUAUGACUGUCCGGCGUGGUGAAAUACCAGCCAUUCGUAAUGCUUGUGCGAAGGUCUUCAUUGAUGCCGCACAACCCAAGAUUACCUUUCUCGUCGUGGGAAAAAAUCAUCACACGCGGUUCUAUCCUACGAACAAGAAACAGGCGGACCAGAAGCACAACUGUAAUAUCCAAAAUGGUACCGUGGUCGACAGAGGCAUUACGAUGCAAAAAGGCUGGGAUUUCUAUAUGGCCGCCCAUGCAGCUUUACAGGGCACAACAAAACCAGCCCAUUAUGUCAUCCUGCUCGAUGAGAUCAAAGACACUAACAAGCUCAGCGCCAACCAUUUGGAGAAGAUCACCCACAAUCUUAGCUAUCUCCAGGGCCGAGCGACAAAAGCCGUCUCGGUCUGCCCUCCAGCGUACUACGCACAUCUGAUUUGUCUGCGUGCGCGCUGCUAUCUCGCAGACUUCAUCAGUCGCAACGCUGGGAAGGAGUUCGACUGGAACCACGCUCCGUGGCGCUCAGGGGUCCAUGAGAGCAUCAACUCAGGCUCAGAUUCAGCGUCAAACAUGAACCGAGACUCUCCAAAUUCAGGCGACAGCCAGCACCAUACGCAAAACCAAGCUCAGAUCGUCCCUCAGAACCCAACUCACACCUCAACACCAAAUUCGGUUCAGGACCAGCUACACGCGCAAGACGAACAUCUCAACGCCCAAGCGGCAGUCCUGCUCAACGAAUUCCUCGCAAAAACCCGCCGCCUGAUCUCAUCCGAGCUCGGAAAGGACACGGACUGCACCAUCUGUUCAGAGCCCUUCCUUCGCGGCGACAACCCCGAAGUGCCCGUCAGGCUCGACUGCGGCCACACCUUCGGCAUGGGCUGCAUCCUGAAAUGGCUGUCCCCGGUAUCGCGCGACGGCAACAACAGUUGUCCCAAUUGCCGGAAGCCGAUCUUCGACGACUGGGAUCCGAUGGGCUUUCCCGCGGCCCGGGAGACGGCACCGGUUGGGAGGAGGAGGAGAGUCACGGCGGCGCCUGUCCGAAUUUCCGCAGAUGACCCAUCUGUCGGCAGAGACGAACGACGCGAACCAUCUCGACUACCAGCGUGGCUUCAGCCCGAGAACUUACCGUCAUGGCUUCGGCUUCCGGACGACGUUCCGACUGGGGGUGUAGAUCCGACAGCCGUCGCCGCCGAACCGGUUGAUGCUACGGCAAGCACGAGCCCAGUCGCCCCAAUUCCGGGGUCUGUGGCUCCCAAUGCACCUCUACCUUCUACGAUAGUCGCCACUGAGGAGGCCUGGGAUCAGCAGCAGGCAGUGGGGGAACCACAGACAGUAGCGACGAACGAAUCAAGGACUUCGGAGAUGUCAACACCUGACGACACGGCUUCUUCUUUGCCUCCAUCCACACAACGCAGUGGCCAGAGACCCGCCUCGACGAUCAGUCAGAGGGAUGGAGAUGACGCUACGGCAGGCUCGCUGCGAAUUGAGGAGGCACAUAGACGAUAUCUGGAGACAAGCAGUCGCUUGAAUUUGUGGAGACCUGGAGAGAUGGAACUGGAGCUUCAGGCGCGGUUGCAAGAACUGGUCAACGCGUACAGAGCUGCCGGUAGAGCCGAUCGUAGAGCCGCUCGCAGACCAGCCGCGGCAGCCACCCCAGCACCACCACAGGCCGCCCGCCCCACCGAAGACGAAGACAACGGCGUCGCCGCAAUGUUCAACGCCGCCGAAAGCGAACACGACCAACGACGCCAGCAAGCAGCCACGAACGAGCGCAAACGCCACAUGUGGAUGCAAUUCUGCGAAGGCGUCGUCCGCACCAUCGAACAAUCCGCCGACGGCGCCGCCCUCGCCAACCACGACCUAGCCCUCACAAUCAUCAGCAUGCGAGACCUCGACGGGUUCAUCGCCGAGCGAGCGACCGAGAGCCCGACAUGGCGCCGCACACUGCGGACCUUUCCGCGCCUGCACACGGAGAUGGUGACACGGUUCGACGAUUUCCGUCCCUUGCCCUCCGUCACCAUUGGCGAUCGCAUCGAGCUCGAGCGCCUCCUGGCAGGCACCAGCUUCGACAGAGAGACACUCCACAGAGCGCGGUGGUACACGCGCCUGGGUGAACGUCUGGCACGGACGGGGGCGGCGAAUUCGGAGCAUGAAAGCGGCCUGUGGCUCGCUUGA